AUGGAAAAAAAGUCACCAUUUUUCGUAAAUCCAAUCAAAAUAAUCAAAACCAAAUGGAAUGUGGCCAGUCCAUAUCGAAAGUUAAGAUUUUUCUACAAAUUUGGCUUGUUCUUGGGAGAUGUCGUUCAAAUCAGAGUGUUCGGUACAAGGCCCUAUGGUAUUUUGGCAUAUUUGCCAGCCGUUACCUGUGUUAUUCAUUACGCAUUGAUCAUUUACACCGUUUAUUACCAUACGAGUAAAGGAAAUUUUGCUGAUUGUCUGCCGACAUUUUGUGUGUUUGGUUGUAUAACUUCAAGCUAUGCUGCGUAUUGUUCUGUAGUGAUUAAUAAGCUACGACUCGAAUGGUAUCGUUUGCUUAAUAUCUCUGGAAAACUAAUCUAUCGUGACGAUAAUGAACCCAUUGCUUACAAUCUGGUCUGUUCACAAAGUGUUUAUCGAUCGAUGAAACGCUAUGUAAUUAUGAUGACACUAAUACUUCUGGCAUCGCUUGGAGCUGUUUUUGGGCCAUUUUAUAGUUUUGUGCAUGAAGGUUCAUUCGAAACAUUGUAUAAUUUGAAGCUACCCUAUUUUAAUCAAUAUCCAUCGACGGAGUUUGCUAUCAACAUUGUUUGGGAAUCAUUCGUCAAUUUAUUUGAUGGGAUAUUCGGAUUUUUGGUGAUUGAACUCGUGAUCGCCAUAUGUAAUGACACCAUUUUCGUUUCAUCGAAGCUCACUGAACUGGAGCUCAGCGAUUUGUCCAAUAUAAUCGAAGAAAAGCGUGGAUCGAAAGCCAAACAGGUGUUACAACUGAAAAUGAUCUUGAUGAGGGUGUUGCACAUGGAUGAAUACAUCAACUCCUUCAGGAAUAUUAUGUAUCCUCGAAACUUUGUUGCACCGCCAUCGUUUUCGUUCGCAAUUGCUGUCUCAAUUUACAGCCAAUUAAUGAUGGGCUAUCCUGGUGGCUAUGGAUUGGCGGUCGUUUCUUAUGUUCAAAUGUUUAAUCUUUGCUACAGUGGCCAGAACAUCGAAAACAGAAACCAACGAUUGCAAAAAGCAUUUUACGAUUUUAAAUGGUAUCUUCUGGCAAAAGAGGAUCAACGAGAUUUGAUGCAAAUCCUUCUUCGGAUGCAAAAUGGUGUUCGCGUCACUAUUGGUCCAUUUGAACCACUUAAUUAUGAAACAUUGAAAACGUUAACCCAAAGAAUGUAUUCUUUUCUGAUGUAUUUGGUCAAUAUUGGGGUCUAAAUUGGAGAAAAAAUACAGCAAGAUACCGAGACAAAUCUGUGAGACACCGUUUUCAAAGAAAUAUGAAGCUUUUUUUUUCACAAAAUAAAU